AUGGAUUUCGCACCAGCAUACGCAAAGCAAAGAGUGGAAAGGUGCUUUGUACCUCACUCACGUGGCAAUGGCCACGUACAUGAAGAGAGGGGGGGUUCUUUGAUAUUAAGGUCUCAAGGCGGUCGAAGAAGGCCACAAAUGGAAGCAACCGAUGCUUUGGUCAUUCAGUUGACUCCUUGCUGCCAGUCCGUGCUUGCUGUCAUGCUGGCAAAAGCAGGGGUUUCGGCCGGUUUUACCUACUAUUGGAUUUGA